GUGACUUUAGGAAAGAGGGGACAGUUUUGAGCCAGUGUUCAGGGACAGUACUUUUCUUCCCCAGCUGCAUGGAGUAGCUUGGGUCAAACCUCGUCCUCCUCAGUCCACAUAAGUGAAGCCAUUUUUACGCCAGUAUGAAUGAGUUUUGGGAACCUCUCAGGAGCAGGAGAGGAAGGGGGUGCCACAGGGUGGCUUCUCUUUUCCCCCCACUGGACCUGCAGGUGACAGUCAGACUGCAGCUUCCCAGGCUGCACUGGUGAAGGGUCGUGGCAGAUGAAGGCAGGGCAAAGGCCGGCUGGGUCCCACUGGGCCCUCCCGGCCUCUUCCCGCAUUCUUGGCCACCCUGCUGGCUCCUGGAACUGGGCAGCAUGUUGGGAAACCACUGUCCAGUGUGGUGAGGUCAGGGUAGCCCCUGGCUUUUCUGGAGCCCGGACUGGAUGGUCUGGCACUUUCGGAGACCCCAUAGCUCCCCAGUGCUCAGAACAGGCACAAACCUCCUUCAGGCCCAAUGCCUCCUCCUCCAGGAAGCCUUGUGGAUUGUUGGGGGCAGGUAGGAGCUGGCAGCAGAAGAGGGAGCCAGCUGCACUGCUCCCAUUCUAUGCUCUCUUCCCUGGCCCCUGCCACCCUCCAGUGGGAGCAAUAGCUGGGGGCCAUCCUCUUCUGUUCCAAACUGUCACAAUACAACCAAGACCCUGAGGAAACGAAGCCUCGAAGCUCUUCCCCCAGUUUGGCACCAGAGCUAAGUGCUCCAUCGUUGAAGCUGGGACCCCUGUCCCAGGGGUACUAAGCCAGGGUGGGAGUGUGCUCAUUCUGCUCGGCCACUCCACUGACAGCCCAUUUGGCAUCAGGGGCCCCAGGCCCAGGAUGCUCCUCCAACACACACACUAGCUAGGCAAGGUCCACCAAGGUUGCGUUCUCCCAUUUCAGGCCAAGUCCCUUCAGUAGAGGGAUGUGUCACUGCCCUCCACAGGACACACACUCUUCUCUUGGGGACCAUGUUUCUGCCCCAGGAGUGGUAAGGUAGUGUUGAUGACUGCUGCUCACUUAUGACCUCAUUUCAAACUCACAUGAACCUUCAGUUGUCCCCAUCUAGCAAGCGUUUCCUAAGUGUCUGGUGUGUGCCAGGCACUGUCCUAGUGCAGGAUGUAAACAGCAUGACGAAGGUGAGGCCGUGUGGGAGUCCAGAGGAAGGUGUAACAGGCAGGAGCAGGAGCAUGGCCUGUGCAAAGACCUGGGGCAGAGGACAUGGCUGUGCAAAGGCUGUGGGCAAGAAAGGGUCCGAGGUGUCGGGGGAGGCCCCUGUGACUGGAGUAGAUGGAGCUGAGCAGGCAGGGGAAGAGUGGAAGGAGGGAGGCAAGGAAGCUAGCUGAUGAGUCUAGAAGGGGAAACUGAGACCCAAAGUGGUGCCUGGUCAGGCGUCCCAUCUCAGGAAAGUAGAGGCAGAGAGCAGGCGGUCUCCUGGGGGCCCAGCUGGCCGGUGAGUCACUGGGCCUGCGGCGGAUACCGAGCAGAGGCGGCCUGGCCUGGGUGAAGAGCGGGGGAAAGGUGCUGGGCCGGGUCCACACUGGCCCAGGCCGGCAGGCAUGUGACACCUCCCCUCCCAGUUCUCUGGCCGCCUGCCUGGGCCGGCCAAGCCCGCACCCUCCCCAGACCCUAUAAGGCCUGGGAACUGGGAGCCGAGGCACUGCCAGCAGCUGCUCUGCUCCGAGGGACCCUGCCUGGUCCAGGGGAGCCCAGCUGCGUCACUCAGCACCAGGCGCCUCCAGCCCCACAGGCUGCCAUCAUGUCAGCUCCAGGAGAUGGGACCAGGGGUCCCCCCAAAUCCAAAGGCAAGACCCUGAGCAGUUUCUUCGGGUCCCUGCCUGGCUUCAGCUCUGCCAGGAACCUGGUGUCCCCCACACACAGCUCCACGAAGGACGCACAACUAGCAACAGACCCCACGGGGAUUCCAGUCCCCCUAUCUCCAGCCUCCACCAACCCGCAGGGGACGGCAGUGGGUCCCGCAGGCCUGCUCCAGCCUUCUGAACAGACAACGGCUGGGAACAAAGACGUGGGAAGCUUCAGUGUGACCAGCAGCAAAGAUGCCUUCUCUUCUGGGAUGGCUGGCAUCAUGGAUACUGCAAAAGGAAUGGUCCAGGGUGGCCUGGGCGCCACUCAGUCAGCCUUUGUGGGAACUAAGGAGGCAGUGUCUGGAGGUGUCAAGGGAGCAGUGGGUAUGGCCAAAGGUCUUGUCAAGGGAGGUUUGGACACCUCAAAAACUGUCCUUUCCAACACCAAGGACACAGUGGCCACAGGACUUAUGGGAGCUGCAAACAUGGCCAAAGACACAGUACAGACAGGCCUGGACACGACCAAGGCUGUGGUCACGGGCACCAAGGACACAGUGGCCACAGGACUCACAGGGGCUGUGAAUGUGGCUAAAGGGACAGUGCAGACAGGCCUGGACACCAGCAAGGCUGUGGUCACGGGCACCAAGGACACGGUGACCACAGGACUCACAGGGGCCAUGAACAUGGCCAAGGGGACAGUGCAGACAGGUCUGGAUACCAGCAAGGCUGUGCUGAUGGGCACCAAGGACACCGUCUGUGCUGGGGCCACAGGAGCCAUUAAUGUGGCCAAAGGCGCUGCCCAGGGUGGCCUGGAUACUACCAAGGCUGUGCUGAUGGGCACCAAAGACACGGUGACCACAGGACUCACAGGGGCCGUGAAUGUGGCUAAAGGCGCUGUCCAGGGAGGCCUGGACACCAGCAAGAGUGUCCUCAUGGGCACCAAGGACACCGUCUGUGCUGGGGCCACAGGAGCCAUCAAUGUGGCCAAAGGCGCUGUCCAGGGAGGCCUGGACACCAGCAAGGCUGUGCUGAUGGGCACCAAAGACACGGUGACCACAGGACUCACAGGGGCCGUGAAUGUGGCUAAAGGGACAGUGCAGACAGGCCUGGACACCACCAAGGCUGUGGUCAUGGGUACAAAGGACACGGUGACCACAGGACUCACAGGGGCCGUGAACGUGGCUAAAGGCGCUGUCCAGGGAGGCCUGGACACCAGCAAGAGUGUCCUCAUGGGCACCAAGGACACCGUCUGUGCUGGGGCCACAGGAGCCAUUAAUGUGGCCAAAGGCACUGUCCAGGGAGGCCUGGACACCAGCAAGGCUGUGCUGAUGGGCACCAAAGACACGGUGACCACAGGACUCACAGGGGCCGUGAAUGUGGCUAAAGGGACAGUGCAGACAGGCCUGGACACCACCAAGGCUGUGGUCAUGGGUACAAAGGACACGGUGACCACAGGACUCACAGGGGCCGUGAACGUGGCUAAAGGCGCUGUCCAGGGAGGCCUGGACACCAGCAAGAGUGUCCUCAUGGGCACCAAGGACACGGUCUGUGCUGGAGCCACAGGAGCCAUCAAUGUGGCCAAAGGCACUGUCCAGGGAGGCCUGGAUACCACCAAGGCUGUGCUGAUGGGCACCAAAGAUACAGUGACCACAGGACUCACAGGUGCCUUGAACGUGGCUAAAGGCACUGUCCAGGGAGGUCUGGACACCAGCAAGAGUGUGCUGAUGGGCACCAAGGACACAGUGGCCACAGGACUCACAGGGGCCGUGAACAUGGCCAAGGGAACAGUGCAGACAGGCCUGGACACCAGCAAGGCUGUGCUGAUGGGCACCAAGGACACGGUCUUUGCUGGGGCCACAGGAGCCAUUAAUGUGGCUAAAGGCGCUGCCCAGGGAGGCCUGGACACCAGCAAGAGUGUCCUCAUGGGCACCAAGGACACCGUCUGUGCUGGGGCCACAGGAGCCAUCAAUGUGGCCAAAGGCGCUGUCCAGGGAGGCCUGGACACCAGCAAGGCUGUGCUGAUGGGCACCAAAGACACGGUGACCACAGGACUCACAGGGGCCGUGAAUGUGGCUAAAGGGACAGUGCAGACAGGCCUGGACACCACCAAGGCUGUGGUCAUGGGUACAAAGGACACGGUGACCACAGGACUCACAGGGGCCGUGAACGUGGCUAAAGGCACUGUCCAGGGAGGCCUGGACACCAGCAAGAGUGUCCUCAUGGGCACCAAGGACACGGUCUGUGCUGGGACCACAGGAGCCAUCAAUGUGGCCAAAGGCGCUGCCCAGGGAGGCCUGAAUACCACCAAGGCUGUGCUGAUGGGCACCAAGGACACGGUCUGUGCUGGGACCACAGGAGCCAUUAAUGUGGCCAAAGGCGCUGCCCAGGGUGGCCUGGAUACCACCAAGGCUGUGCUGAUGGGCACCAAAGACACAGUGACCACAGGACUCACAGGGGCAGUGAAUGUGGCUAAAGGGACAGUGCAGACAGGCCUGGACACCAGCAAGGCUGUGCUGAUGGGCACCAAGGACACGGUCUGUGCUGGGGCCACAGGAGCCAUUAAUGUGGCCAAAGGCGCUGUCCAGGGAGGCCUGGAUACCACCAAGGCUGUGCUGAUGGGCACCAAGGACACCGUCUGUGCUGGGGCCACAGGAGCCAUUAACAUGGCCAAAGGCGCUGCCCAGGGAGGCCUGGACACCAGCAAGAGUGUCCUCAUGGGCACCAAGGACACCGUCUGUGCUGGGGCCACAGGAGCCAUUAACAUGGCCAAAGGCGCUGCCCAGGGAGGCCUGGAUACCAGCAAGGCUGUGCUGAUGGGCACCAAAGACACGGUGACCACAGGACUCACAGGGGCCGUGAAUGUGGCCAAGGGGACAGUGCAGACAGGCCUGGACACCAGCCAGAGGGUGCUGACAAGCACGAAGGACACUGUUUGUGCUGGGGUCACUGGUGCAGUAAACCUGGCCAAAGGCACCAUCCAGGGAAGCCUGGACACGACCAAGGCUGUGGUCAUGGGCACAAAGGACACGGUGACCACAGGAUUCACAGGGGCCAUGAACGUGGCCAAAGGCGCUGCCCAGGGAGGCCUGGACACCAGCAAGGCUGUGCUGAUGGGCACCAAGGACACGGUCUGUGCUGGGGCCACAGGAGCCAUCAAUGUGGCCAAAGGCGCUGCCCAGGGAGGCCUGGAUACCACCAAGGCUGUGCUGAUGGGCACCAAAGACACGGUGACCACAGGACUCUCAGGGGCCGUGAACGUGGCCAAAGGCGCUGUCCAGGGAGGCCUGGACACCAGCAAGGCUGUGCUGAUGGGCACCAAGGACACGGUGGCCACAGGACUCACAGGUGCUGUGAAUGUGGCUAAAGGGACAGUGCAGACAGGCCUGGACACCAGCAAGGUUGUGCUGAUGGGCACCAGGGACACGGUGACCACAGGACUCACAGGAGCGGUGAAUGUGACCAAAGGCGCUGUCCAGGGAGGCCUAGACACCAGCAAGAGUGUGCUGAUGGGCACCAAGGACACCGUCUGUGCUGGGGUCACAGGAGCCAUUAAUGUGGCCAAAGGCACUGCCCGGGGGGCCCCGGACACUUCAAAAGCAGCUAUCACAGGCACCAAGACUACGUUGGCUGGCCUCUCAGACACUAUGAACAUGGCCAAGGGGACAGUGCAGAUGGGCCUGGAUACUAGCAAGAGUAUGCUUACAGGUAUGAAGGACACUGUCUGUGCUGGUGUCACCGGGGCCAUGAACGUGGCUAAAGGUAUUGUUCCUACGGGUGUGGACCCCGGCAGAGACACACAGUCUACCAUGCUGGCUCAGGCAAGUAAUGUGGCCACCAAUGACGCCUACGCGGGUGUUCACACAGUCUCAGGCUCACUCUCUGGCUCUCAGGCCGCCGUGUGCCAUGAGCCUGGCAGUUCCAGAGCCACUACCCUGACUUCCGCAGAGCCCCCGUGCUUUGAAAUCAGCAGCCUCUCAGACACACGUGGCUUGGGGCUUGUCACGGAACCCUUAUCUGCCGACGCAGCUCCCAGGUCUGUGGAGGAGUGUGGUCAGCUGGCUGCCACAGGCUUCGCUGCACUGCGUGAUGAGUUGGAGGGUCUAGGGGACAUCUUCCAGCCCAUGACGUCUGAGGAACAAGCUCAGCUGGCGGCCUCUGAGUCAGGGCCCCGGGUGCUCUCUGCUGACCGGGAAAACUACUUUGUCCGUCUGGGUGACCUGGCCCCCAGCUUCCGCCAGCGGGCUUUUGAACAUGCCCUGAGCCACAUACAGCACAACCAAUUCCAAGCCAGGGCCGUGCUGGCCCAACUCCAGGAAGCCUUCCAGGUGACAGACAUGGCCAUAGAGGCUCCAGAUGGGCAGCUGUGCUGGAACCAGAGCUUGAGCACCAUGGUGGAGGAUGCCAGUACCCAUGAGGUGCGUGGGGCACAGGCCCACCUUCCUAGUGCCCCUAGGACACACUCCGCCCCUGCUUACCUUUUUCCUCUUCUGCAGAUGCAGGCUUCUGUGGAUCAGGACAGGCUGCGCACCCUCGCCCUUCAGCUCCAUGCAGCUUAUAGUGGCCUAGCGGCCAACCUGCAGGGCCUGCCGGAGGUGCAGCAGCAGGCAGGAAGGGCACGGCACAGCCUCUGCAAGCUGUAUAGCCUUGUGUCCUCAGUGGGCAGCAGCGACCUGCGGACAGAGCAACUGGCCCAGAGUGGUGCUGGUGUUGUCCAGGCAUGGCAGGGGCUGGAGGUGCUGCUGGACAGGCUGCAGCAGAGCCCCCCACUCAGCUGGCUUGUAGGACCUUUUGCCUUGACACCUUGUGGCCAGCUGUAGGCACCCAAGAGCUCGGGGUGUGUGACCCCAGGGACCCUGCUGUGACCACAGCAGGCUGUACUUCCCCAGAGCUCUGGAUUGAGCAGAAGCAGAGGGUUCUCAAAAUGUUAACUCAAAGCCAGCCAUGGCUUCUGCUCUUUCCAUGAACCGACAGCCCCUCUUCCAAACUAGCCACCAAGUCUGUUGAGAGUGGCCACACAGACCCCAUACAGAUAAAGUGAAGCAGAAGCACAGACAAACCUACUCGUUCCUCCAGCCAUCUGUCCUCAUUGGCCAGCUUUCCAUCCUUGAGGCUCUGGCCACCUUCAGCACUCACAGCCAUCCGCUAUGGAUGGGGCCACAGCACCCAGGCCCCACUGUACAGUAUAACCACAGAUAAUAGCUAGCUAAUAACUAGGCAACUUGUAACCUUGUCUCUAGCACUAGAAUGCACAGCCACCCUGAGGUGAACUUCCCCAGCCUCUUCUGGUACUUGGUAGGGAGUAGAAUCACACAGAGCCAUGCAGAGCCACACAAUCAGAUCCCAGGCUGUUGUGGGCCUGACUCAGGCCUGCUGUGCUGAGAAAGGAGGGUCACACACUAUGUGAAAACAGGGCUGACUUGAAGACCCAGGCCUGCAUGAGCAUGUGGUCUGUAGAGGCACAUGGCUUGCCUCAUGUUGAAGGCUGUACUAACUGAAGAAAUGGAUUGCUGAUGGUCCCUCUCCCUUGCCCCAUGCACCCAAGAUGCAAGCAUACAAGAUGCUGUGGCACAAGGCACUCCCUCACUGGCAGGCCAUCCAAGGUAACAGCCCAGCCCUCCCUGAACCCCGGUAGUGCUAGCAACCCCAACCUUCCAGUUCCCCUUCAUUCGUACUCCUGGAAAAUAAUAAUGUCCAUGAGUUUCAGGGUUGGGCCAGCUGUGGCCUAGGAAUGCUAUGAUGGAGACGGCAAGGAGCCUUCCCGAGCCUUCCCCUGCCCCUCUGCCAUGUCAGCAUCAGAGUAUGACACGAGACUCAGCCACCGGCAAACACUGGGCCCAGGGCCUGCAGUCAAGCCCUCCAGCAGAUGAUCUAAGUUACAUCAUGCCUGGUUCUUGGUGGCUACUGAGGCAGGUGGAUACACCAGGAGGCACAUACCCAACUCCUGAGCCAAAAGGGAACACAGCAGCGUGGGGAAGGCCCUGCUCAAAGCCACACAGAGAAAGCAGACUGACACGGUGGACUGCAGCUCUCUAGCUCAAAUGUUGAGCUGCCCCAGAGGCACUAUGCUGCUCCUGCCAGGGGUCCCCGCAUAGCUGAGGAUGAGGAUCUCCUGUUGGCCUGUCCUCAGUGUCUGCUCCACUCAUACUGGUGGAACAGGCCACUCACCGCAGGAAGAGCUCUGCCAGCUGUAAGUGUGAUUUGAGCUCUGCUCUGUAUUAAGCCUGACUCCCCAUGCUGCUCAUGGUGGCCAGCGCCUUAGCCCUAUGUCAGGCAGAGUGCUCUGGCCCUGGCCCAGCUGCAUUUCACAUCAAGACACCAAGCCAAUAAAAACUUUCUUUUUCAUUACAAAA